AUGGACACCAAGGAAAUACUGGCAGUCUAUUCAAUACUGAAUUUGGUCUAUCAUCGUAAUAAGAACCAACACCAGAGAGCCAAAUGGUGGAAAUGGCUGUCGGCGCUGAAACGCAUCACCUUGGAUCUGGGGUCGACUGACUCGGCCAAAGCGGCAGCCUGUCGGCAGCAUCUGGCCUCACAUCUAAGUCCGAGAUGUUACAUGGCAUUCUCCACUGUGAUCGCCGAUAACCAGUUCGCCACACUUGGCGUCGUAUUACUUGCCGCUCUAGCACGGCUUACCAAGGCCACUGGUACCGAACGUGAAAUGGCUACUCGAAUGCAGCCAACAACUAAGAGAGACACUCCAGUUGUAUUGGCUAAAGAGGACCGUGGCGAGCGCAUUAGUCGCGAUGGGUCCGAUGCACUCUCUGGCCCGACCAAGGCCCCUGCCUCAAAGGCAGUGGCCAAGUUGACCGAUGAUACAUCUAGCGCGAGGCGUACAAAAAAAUCCAGCAAGAGGAAGAAAAAUGCCAUAGACGACUUGUUCAGCGGUUUGAUGUGA